AUGGUGGGCGGGUCGGCACGGGAGUCGACAGACCGAUGCAAUGGGGAUGAUGAGGUCGGGGGUGGGCAGACAGACAGACAGCUCCCCUCUUUUCCCCUCUCUCCCCCUGCAGAGUGGCGGAGCUUGGAGAGCACGGUGGGUGGGUCGGCACGGGAGUCGACAGACCGGCGCAAUGGGGAGGAUGACGACGGGGGUGGUGGACAGCCCGUGCUCGUGCGAGGGGGGCGCCCCAUCGCCAAGAGCAUGCCGCAUGCUGGGCAGCCCAUUUUCAGCUUCAGCACCGGCUCCCUGACAGAGGAGUACGAGUUGGGGGAGAAGCUGGGCGAGGGGCACUUUGGGUCGACGUACCGGUGCCGGCAGCGGGCGACGGGGAAGGAGUUUGCGGUGAAGCAGAUGAGCAAGACGCGGCUGCUCAUGCUGGGCACGCCACUGGCGGAGGUGAAGCGCGAGGUGGGCAUUCUGUACCACCUGGCGGGCCACCCCCACGUGGUGCAGGUGCAGGCGGCCUUUGAGGACUCCAAGACUGUCGCCAUUGUCAUGGAGCUGUGCCAUGGGGGCGAGCUGUAUGAUCGCAUCAUCGCCAAGGGCCACUACAGUGAGUGCGACGCAGCACGUCUGAUCAGCACAAUCGUAUCAGUGGUGCACUACUGCCACACCAUGAACGUGGUGCACCGCGACCUCAAGCCGGAGAACUUCCUCUUUGCCAACCGCAGCGACGACGCGCCGCUCAAGACCAUCGACUUCGGCCUCUCGCUCUUCUUUACCCCAGGCGAGCCCAUAUCAGCGGGCUUGGCAGGCAGUCCGCUGUAUCUAGCCCCGGAGAUGGUGCGAACCAACGGGUGCCACUACGGGCCUGAGGUGGACGUGUGGAGCGCAGGGGUCAUUCUCUACAUGUUGCUCUGCGGCUACUGCCCCUUCCCCACCGACCUACCAACGAUGGACGAGCUGUUCUGCGCCAUCAUGUACGACGAGAUCGACUACGAGAGCGAUCCGUGGCCGUUGAUCUCGCAGCAGGCCAAGGAGGUGGUGCAGGGCAUGCUAGAUCGCAACCCCGAGACACGACUCACCGCCAAGCAAGUGCUAGAGCACCCGUGGGUGAGCGAGGCGGGCGUGGCACCGGACACACCGCUCGACCCCACAGUGUUCUCGCGCCUCAAGCGAUACGCCGCCAUGACUCACAUCCGCAAGCUCGCCUCGCAGGUGGUGGCGCAGCAGUUGACGGAGGAGGAGAUUCUGGGCAUGAAGGAGAUAUUCAACCAGCUCGACAUGGACCACAGCGGCUCGCUCUCCCUGGAUGAGAUGCGCCGCGGGCUGCAGAAGAUGGGCGCCAAAAUGAACGAGGGCGAGCUGCGCCAGCUCUACUCCGCUAUGGAUGUGAACGACAGUGAGAGCAUAGACAUGAACGAGUUCUUUGCCGCCACGCUGGGGCUCAACCGCAUGAUCAAGGAGGAGAACCUGCACCAGGCCUUCCAGUACUUUGAUAAGGACGGCAGCGGCUUCAUCACGCGAGAUGAGCUCACUCAGGUGUGCGAGGAGUUUGGCAUCGGUCCGGAGAACGUGGAAGAGAUGAUGCAGGAGGUGGAUGUUAACAAGGAUGACCGGAUAGACUACAACGAGUUUGUGACGAUGAUGCACCGCCACAGCGUGCCGGACCACAUCAAGAGCAGCAGCAUCGGCAAGGACAAACUCGCCCUCCUCAAAGUGCAGAGCUCGCUUGAGAGGGCAGCGAUCAAGCCGCGCGCACCUCGGCGGCAGGUGAUUCAACUCACUGACGCGGCGGCCGAUCGGAUUCGCGAGCUGCUGACGAGGCGCAACAAGGAGUAUCUCAAACUAGGCGUCAAGUCGCGCGGUUGUAGCGGCAUGAGCUACACGCUCUCCUACGCCGACGAGCCGGGGCGGUUCGACGAGGUGGUGGAGGAGAAGGGCGUGCGAGUCGUGGUGGAGCCCAAGGCGCUCAUGGCCGUCAUCGGCACCACCGUCGACUUCGUGCAAGACCGCCUCAAGUCGGAGUUUGUGUUUGUGAACCCCAACGCCAAGGGGGAUGAUGCCUCUUCAGGUACCACAGGAUCAACUUGUACAGUUCCCGCCGCUACCACGUCAACCGCCAAUAUCGGGAUUCGGGACUACCCAUUACCUCAGCCCCCACCCUUCUCGCCCUCGCAUUCGUCUGCAACGCGCGAUCCCAGCUACUCCAUUCACCCCGCCUCGUCACGCCACCUGCACGCGUCGAGUCCCGCAAUGGCGGCGGACGCCGCAGUCGGCGCCGCGAUUCAAGGCGCGUACAGAGCAGCAACGGGCGUCGCGUCGCCAUUGGUGGCGAUGGGCCUCUGGCAGCGCGCCUUGCUGGGAUUGGACGGCGCGGGGAGCAGGUGGCGGGAACAACUGGGCGUACCUUCGGCGAAGCGACCAGAUGGGCCUCUUUUGUGGUUCCACGCUGUUUCUGUGGGCGAGAGCGCGAUCGCGAUUCCGCUGGUGCGCAAGUGCAUGCAGCAGCGGCCGCGCCUCAAAGUGCUCUUCACCACCCGCAACGCCCUCGCGCUGUCUGUUGUCUCCAAAGCCUUCUCCAAAACGCAUGUCAUAUGCCAGCUAGCGCCAGUGGAUGCGCCAGCAGCGGUGGAGCGCUUCCUGUCGCACUGGCAGCCCAACGCAGCAGUGUUCAUGGAGCAGGAGCUCUGGCCCAACCUCCUGCUCUCGCCACGCCUGCUCAAGGUGCCCAUUGCACUGCUCAACGCGCGCAUGACCCAAUCAACGUUUGACAGGUGGCACGCCAUGGAUGGGCUCUUCCUCCCUCUCGUCUCCGCUAUGAUUGGUCGAUUCGCCCUCAUCACCACCACUAGCACGGAGCAGGGGCUACGGUAUCAGCGCCUGGGCGCCAACCCCAUGCUCACACGCUACACCGGCAACCUCAAGUUCGGCGAGGAGGAAGCUGUCCUGCGUGUGCACCGCAAUCUGAAGCACCGAGUGGCUGGGCUGCUCACUGUCAUCGUGCCACGCGACCCCAUCAGAGGGGUGGGCAUUGGCAAGUUCCUGUCAUCACAGCUGCACCACCCGCCACCGCUGCAGCCGGGGAUGACAGCGGAGGAGGCGAGGGCGAAACCAGUGAAGGUGGCUGUGCGCUCCCAGGGGCAGGCCGUGACCAGCGACACUGACUUCUAUAUCGCUGACACCAUUGGCGAGUUGACGCUGCUCUACUCCAUCAUUCCACUCGCCUUUGUGGGCGGCUCCCUGCUACCCGGUCUGGGCGGCCACAACAUCGCUGAGCCUGCCGUUUCCUCCUGUGCCGUGCUCACUGGUCCCCAUCUGGGUCACUUCACCUCGGUGUUGCAGCAGCUGCAGCAAGUGGCGCCCCUUUCUGUGUGGCAGGUAUGCCGCCCCUUUCUGUGUGGCAGGUAUACCGCCCCUCUUUGUUUGUCUGUUGUCUGCCCCUCUUGGAGGUAUGGGAUGGGAUGGCAGGUGCAGUGGGAUGGCAGGUGUGGUGGGAUGGCAGGUGUGGUGGGAUGGCAGGUGUGGUGGGAUGGCAGGAAGCUGCUGAACUUCUAUUUCUUUACCCUUUUCUUUUUGCGGCCAAUCCCAUCCUGCCAGGUGGCGGACGAGCACGAGUUACAAGCAGCGGUGCAUCAGCUACUCACCAACGAGGCACAGCUGAACGCGCGGCGCAUAGCAGCGCAGCGAGCAGCAGCAUCAGGCACGGAGGGCGUGGUGGAGGAGGUGUGGGAGGCGCUCGACUUCGCCGUGCUGCGCCGCAUGACCCUCCCCACCACCGCUUCUAGCAGCGACCGAGCAGCGGCAGCAGCAGCGCUGGAGUUGAGGGAAGACGGGCCGGAUGCGGAGCUCACAGGGGUGCUGCAGGCGAGACUGGACAGGAUCGAGUCGUUUCCCUCGGCUGCAGGCGCCAUGCACGGUGCUGCGGUGGAUGGGGCGCCGCUGCUGUCGCCGGCUGGGGUGGGGCAGACUGGAGGUGCGGGAGGAGCGUGUGGUGUUAUCAGCCCCAGGGGGCAAGUGGCAAGGGAAGGACGGAGUGGUGCUGCUGGGUCGGGAGCUGUGUUCAAGGGUGGCAGUGGGAAGCAGGCUGUGGAUGUGGGAGGCAGUGCAAUGGGUUCGGCGCGGUCGAGCAGGAUAGAGAGCGGUGGGCCGAAUGACGAGCUGGCAGGGCGGCUCCGAGCUCGGAUCGAUAAGAUUGAGACGGGGCCGAAAUGUGAUGAUCUGAAUGCUCACAAGUAA